UGCAGCUACGUCCUCCUCAACACAACAACACUCCCAGCCUGUUGGCCUGCUGACCCGGCGGCUCCGCGGCUGGAGGCGGACACAUUCCUCUGUCCUCCCCCAGGACUCACUGGCGGGGGAGGGAGGGAGCGGCUGCUGCUGCUGCUGCUGCUGCACGCAUUUAAUUAGUGAGGAAGAAGGAGAAACGGCAGCUGGACGGGACGGGACGGGACGGCACACCACCCCCCUCCACACUGCUCCGGGCUCCGGCUCCAACUGCCGCCAACUCUGCGGACCUCAGCUCGACAGUCUGGGUCGAGCUUUCACGCAGCGGAGGGCGGGUUUACGCGUGGAAGUCAGCUUUAGGAGAGAGUUGUGAAGGAAGAUUUGAAGCAGACCGGUGGAUGUUUGUGCCGUUUUCUGGAUUUGGAUUUAGUGUUUUUCAGCUUUGGAGUUUCGCUUUGAAGAUUCUGGAUCACAUACCAAAAGUGAAAUGCGGGUUUUUGUCUGUGAAUCCCUGUAGAAAGUGGUUAACAUUGGAUCCAUGCUGUGGUUUUUCUGGUGGCGUCCCGCUAAGUGAGUGAUGAUUGAUUUGGAAAUGUCAGCGCCGCCGCUGCGCGCAGCUCCGCGCACUCCAUCAUCCCGGCGGGGCUGAGGGGAAAGUGAGAAACCACCUGUUGUGAAACUUUCCUGGAGCUUCUCACGAAUAAACCCGAGCUGCUCAAACAAGACGCCGGACAGAGCCGAGAGGGAGACGCGAGACAGCGGAAUGCGGGUUUUAUGCACGGAGCACGCCGCUUCCCAGAAGAGGCUCCCGUCUGAUGAGUGAUAAUCUCUGCAGACCUCUCCCCGGGCUCCGUGUUGUGUGUUUGCAGUGAGCAUGUUGCCAUGGUGCCCCGGGCUCAGAUGAGCCGGACGGCGGAGCUCCGGUCGGGAUGGCUCGGGAGGACGCGGUGAGGUGCCUGCGCUGCCUGCUGUACGCGCUCAACCUGCUGUUCUGGCUGAUGUCAGCAUGUGUGCUGGGAGUGGCAGCGUGGAUCAGAGACUCUCUGAACACCGUCCUGACCCUGACAGCCCACACCAGGUUGGAGGAAGCAGCCGUCCUCACGUAUUCUCCAGCUGUCCAUCCCGUCAUCAUCGCCGUGUGCUGUUUUCUCAUCAUCGUGGCCAUGGUGGGAUACUGCGGCACGCUCAAAUGUAACCCGCUGCUGCUGUCCUGGUAUUUCGGCAGCCUCUUAGUCAUCUUCUGUGUGGAGUUGGCCAGCGCUGUUUGGACCUAUGAUGAGCCGCCAGUGCAGCGCUCUGACAUGAUCAGUCUGAAGUCUCGGAUGCCAAACUACGGCCUGCAGCGUUACCAGUGGCUCACACACACCUGGAACAGCUUCCAGACAGAGUUUAAAUGCUGCGGGGUGAUCUACUUCACUGAUUGGCUGGAGAUGACCGAGAUGGAGUGGCCACCUGACUCCUGCUGCUCCAAUCAGUAUCCAGGCUGUGCUCGCCACGCCCACUACCACGACCUGAGUGACCUGCACCAAGAGGGCUGUGGUCCAAAGAUCUACAGUUUCAUUCGUGGGACGAAGCAGCUGCAGGUGUUGCGUUUCCUGGGCGUGUCCAUCGGGGUGGCUCAGAUCCUGGCCAUGGCGCUCACCCUCACGCUGCUCUGGGCGCUUUAUUAUGGACGAAAGUCUCCAGAGCUGGACUCCACAGCGGCGCCGACGCCGCCGGACGAUUCCACCCCGCUUACGGUGACGCACGGACCCUCGGCUGAAGCUUCAAAAUCAGGCUGCAGCCGCACUAAUAAAGGCUGCACUAACAUCCCUGCUGCUGCUGCCUCCAAGCCACACGAACACCAGUUUGAGAUGGAGCGUCUGUCGUAGCAGACGCAGGGCGGCUUCAAGCCGCGGCCUGAAGCCAACCGCGGGAAGCUGCAGAAAAAUUCUGGCUCGUUAUUCAUUGGUUUAUCCAUAAUUUGGUUCAGUUGUAAUUACAUUUUACAUUUUCCUUUACCAUGUUAAUAUCUGAGAUCUGAGAACAGGGUGCUGACCCGACUAAAAACGAACACGAGCAGACAGACGAUCACACAGGUAGGAAACCGGGAACCCUCGGCUUCACAUUUGACCCACUCCACUUACAGUAGCUGUGCUCACACGGUUUUGUCGGGGAGGGUCAGCAUGGGUCAAACAGCAAGGUCUCUCCCCAGGCCGCCCUAACAGGUCAAUCCGACCGUGGCUGCAGUUCAGGCACAUAAAUGUACAAAAAUAUAAAAAUAAACAGCAAUAAAAGCUGAUUGAAAAAGAGGAAAACAAACGAAACAGAUAAAACAUCAAAUAUUUCGUCCGACCCAUUUUUAUCAACAAGGGCAAACAAAAAAUUAGAAACACCUCAGUACAAUACAGUAUAAGCCAGAAGCACCACAACCUGCUGCCUUCAAAACACACAGGUCAAUCAACAUCUUUCUAAAACCGUUUCAACGUAGACUGAACAUUAGAACCUCCAUGAAGGAGGAUUUAUCACAGGACUGUCGGAUCAGACCGACUCAGCUUGAGCUGGGUGUGACUGAUAAAUAGAAAACAUGCGUGAAAACAGAGAACAAAAGAGGGCGGAGGACGGAGCCUUGGGGAACAUCACAGGUGGGAGGAAGCGGAGGAAGGUGAUGCAAUUAAACUGAUGCUGAGCUGGGUUCAAGUAGCAUCAAUCUAGUUUCUGUCCAAUCUGUCUGAUCGUCUGACUGCGUUUUUCUUUUUCUUUUUUUUGUCAUGUCACCAUGUUCCUAGAUGUCAGAUAUGACCUUUGCGAGUACAAUGUUAUUAUUACUGAUAGAAAUGAUGGAGAAAACCAUAAAAACGACCAGAGUUGGAAUAAACUGAGGUUCACUUUUAAUUAAAUCACAGCAGAUUCGAAGAAAACACAAAGGAAGGAACACGUCAGCGGUACAAAGAGAAAAGGCUCCGUGACCUACAAACUGAACCUGGGCUAAUUCUGCAGAAACAGGAUGGAUUGUGGUACUUUGUUUUUGGUACUUUGUGGUUCUCCACUGGACAAGAACGUGAAACGAAACACGAAAGGAAAGAACCACUGUCUGAGAAAGGAGGAAUUUUGGGAAUACUCACUUUUACCACUAAAGAGACAGAAAAACCUCCUGACGUUCACUGUUUGAAAUUUUUUCAUCCAGACCGUAUUAAAAACAUUUUUCUGAACUUUCAGAACAAAAGGCAGUUGUUUCUGUCUGUUGCUGAGGCGUGUCAGAACCCACUGGAAGAUAAGCAACCGUGUUUAUCGGAGUGUUACAUUGUAUAUGAGAAACUGUGCAUGGUGUUGAAUAUUUAAUUAUAUUUGUCUCACAGUUAUUGGAGCGUUUGAUCAUUUUAUCACUGGAAUAAAAACUAAACAUUAAA